AUGUUCAAUAAUCAACUUAUGGCUGAUGUGACAUUCAUUGUUGGACCACCAGGUCAUAUCCAAGUUAUCCCAGCUCAUAAGUAUGUCUUGGCAACUGGAAGUUCCGUAUUUUAUGCUAUGUUUUAUGGAGGAUUAGCAGAGUGCAAGCAAGAGAUACAGGUACCUGACGUGGAACCAUCUGCUUUUCUAACUCUACUCAAAUACUUAUACUGUGAUGAAAUUCAAUUGGAAGCUGAUACAGUGCUAUCAACGCUAUAUGUAGCAAAGAAGUACUUUGUCCCACAUGUAGCAAGAGCAUGUGUGAACUACUUAGAAACUAGUCUUACAGCAAAAAAUGCAUGUUUGCUUUUAAGUCAAUCUAGAUUAUUUGAGGAACCAGAAUUGAUGCAAAGGUGUUGGGAAGUAAUUGAUGCGCAGGCUGAAAUGGCACUGACAUCUGAUGGUUUUAUUGAUAUUGAUGUAUCAACUCUGGAAUCAGUACUAGCAAGAGAAACUUUAAAUUGCAAGGAAAUUAAUCUUUUUGAGGCUGCCUUGGCUUGGGCACAAGCUGAAUGUGUCCGUCGGGAAAUAGAACCCACACCAACUAAUAAGAGGGCUAUGCUUGGCAGUGCCAUAUAUUUAGUAAGGUUUCCUACUAUGACUUUGGAAGAGUUUGCCAACAGUGCUGCUCAACUUGAAAUUCUUACUCCUCAAGAAACUAUAGAUAUUUUUUUACAUUUUACUGCGGCUACCAAACCACAGUUGUCUUAUCCAAUAAAAGCAAGAGCUGGUCUUAAGGCUCAGAUAUGUCACCGAUUCCAGUCCUGUGCAUACCGAAGCAACCAAUGGAGGUACAGAGGAAGAUGUGAUUCUAUACAAUUUUGUGUGGAUAAAAGGAUAUUUGUUGUAGGCUUUGGUUUAUAUGGUUCCUCUAAUGGUGCAGCAGAUUACAAUGUCAAAAUUGAAUUAAAAAGGUUAGGACGAGUACUUGCUGAAAACAAUACGAAAUUCUUUUCUGAUGGAUCAAGUAGCACAUUCCAUGUAUACUUUGAAAAUCCUAUACAAAUUGAGCCUGAAUGUCUAUACACUGCAUCUGCAGUGCUUGAUGGAAGUGAACUAAGUUACUUUGGGCAGGAAGGCUUGACUGAAGUUUACAUGGGAACAGUCACAUUCCAAUUUCAUUGUUCUUCUGAGAGCACAAAUGGAACAGGUGUACAAGGAGGCCAAAUUCCAGAACUAAUUUACUAUGGUCCCACAGUGAAUGCAGCAAUAGUUAAUGUUAAUACAAAUGAUGACUGA